UGCGCAGUGUUUAAGGUUUGUCCCAUUGUAAAUCAGACCAGAGUAAGCUUCUCUGAGAUGCACGCCCAUUAAACAAACUCAACUCGGAACAAGGAAGUGAUGCACCUGUUGCUACUGCCUCUUUAAUCUACUCUACAUUUGACCGCCUUCUGUAACAUCGACAAUUAGUGGUGUUGUGAAGCCCCAUCAUGAUGGUCGAAGCUGAGGAGGAAGGUGCGCCAAGUAAGGAGCAGCAGCAGCAGCAGCAGCAGCAUCAGCUCAGCUCUUCUCCCGGCGGCCAGGAGGACACUCAGCCUGCUGCCCCCGCGGAGGGCACGGAGGAGCGGGCAGAGCACACUCAGCCUCCUGCCCCCGCAGAGGGCAUGGAGAAGCGGGCAGAGCACACUCAGCCUCCUGCCCCCGCGGAGAGUACGGAGGAGCGGGCAGCGGCAGGGGUGAUCGGAGAGGCCCGCCUCCAGCAUAGUGACUACUCUGUGGAGUCACCUCUGGUCCAGUUUAAGAUCAGGAGGUUCUUUGUGUUGAGGCCUGGCACUCUGAAUCAGGCCAUCAAAGACGUUGAAGCUCUGGUGGAUCAAGAAGUAGAUGGCAGUGUUCACAGCCUUUGGCUGAUGGCAGAGGUGGAUCACUGGAACAAUGAAAAAGAGCGUCUUGUUCUCAUCACAGACAACUCGCUCCUGGUCUUCAAGUACGACUUCAUCAUGUUCAACUGUGAGCAAAUCCAGAGGAUCCCACUGAACCUUGUGGACCGCAUCUCCUGUGGCAAAUUCAGCUUCCCAAAGCGCGCUCUCAUUGAGAGAGAGGGGGAGGGGGUGCGAGUCUUCUGGGACCGGCUAAGAGAGCCCUCCUUUACCUCCAGGUGGAACCCCUUCGCCACAGACUUCCCCUUCAUCACCUUCACCCACCACCCUGUGAGGAACGUCAGUGACACAUUCGCUGCCCUCUGUGACAUCCAGAAGUUCCGCGAGCAGCUCAAGGAUGCAGCGCAGAAAGUCCACGCCCUGAGGCCGGUUCCUGGGAAGGCCAACGGCGUCCUGGUCCUGAAUCAGCCCAUCCACAUCGAGGCGUUCGUGGGCCUCAUGUCUUUCCUCGGGAACCAGAACAAACUGGGAUACUGCGUGGCUCGAGGAAAUAUCGGCUUCUAACCUUUCUGCAUUUAUGCACUGUAGUAGUUUUAUUUUCGUUCAAAUUGAUUGCUAAGAUUUGUAAAUCUUGAUUGAUACGUUUGUUUACAUUCAAGUUUUACAAGGAUCACCAAAAAGUAGGGCUGGGUAUUAAAAAAUAGAUUUUCCGAUUUAAAUUGAUUUUCAUUUGAAUGAUCCAAUAUCGAUUCAUAAAAUCCAGAAUUGAUCUCUGUCUGUAUCAUAUGAAACGGGUAGGGGGUUAAAAACGCUCCAAAGAUGGGCUACAUUUUGACGAGGGUAAAACUAACACGGCCAUUUUAAAAAGGAUCCCUUGACCUCUCAACUCAAGAUAUCUGAAUGAAAUGUCACUCAACCCUCACUGACUGUAGAGUCUGUAGAGCUGCACUUUAUUGUGUGUUCAUGUUACAUAAAAAGAACUUUAAUGUAACUGCCUUGGGGUCAAUUCUUAUUGUAAACAUUGGUACUUUAAAUAAUGCAGCAGGUGAGAGGGAACUUUGUACAAUUGUAGAACCUUUUUCAUAUCAAAGCUGAAUUGUUUGGCAACUGAAAUAUCACAAAUCGACAUUGUUAAUCGAAUCGAGACCUUGUGAAUCAGAAUCGAAUCGAUUCAGGAAGUCAGCGAUACCCAGCCCUCCCAAAGAGUCUUCCAUAUUCAGGUUUGCUUUAGUGUUGAAGCCUUGAUUCUCAGGAUGUUCUGUAUAAGGUUGUGACAACUGUGUGAUCUCCCCCCACUGCUUAUUACCAGUGUGUGGUGUCUGAGUGCUCAGAAAUAUCCGCAUUUCAACACCGCUCUUCACUGGAUGACUGAUCCCCCGCUGCUCUCAAGGAGCUUUGUAUUUGCUCCUCAGUGAUAUGGUAAUUCAACUCUUUCGCAAUGGGACUCCUUUCUUCCCCCCCCCCGGUGUCUCUUUUAAAAGCUCAUUCCCAUGCCUUUCUGCCCCUCAGAGAUUCACUGGAGCAUGGGGAGCACAUUUGUCAGUUUAGUUUUAUGAUUCGUAGUGUAUUUUUACAGUGCAUGCAGUUUUGGAAUUUCCCCUUGAUUUGUGUGUUUACUGUGUGUGUCGCUCUUCCUCGUUUGGUAUCACCUGUUUGUCUUGGAGCGUGUCACAGACAAGAAAAUAUAAGCGUCCAAAUUUUGUUCUCUUUUCCUUUUGUGGCGGUAUAAAAUUUGCACAUUCCUUU